AUGAGCGCCAGCAGUCGUAUCAGCAGCAGCGGCAACAGUAGCCCCGGCAGUAGCUCCGGCAACAGCGGCUGCUGCAGCAGCAGCGCAACAGCAACUGCUGCAGCAGCAACAGCAACUGCUGCUGCAGCAGCACCAACAGCAACUGCUGCUGCAGCAGCACCAACAGCAACUGCUGCUGCAACAGCAGAGACAGCGACUGCCACUGCAGCAGCAGCAACAGCAACUGCUGUUGCAGCAGCACCAACGGCAAGUGCUAAUGCAGCAGCAGUAACAGCAACUGCUGCUGCUGCAGCAGCAACUGCUACUGCAGCAGCAGCAGCAACAGCAGUUGCUUCUGCAGCGGCAGCAACUGCUACUGCAGCAGCAGCAGCAACAGCAGUUGCUUCUGCAGCGGCAGCAACUGCUACUGCAGCAGCAGCAGCAACAGCAGUUGCUUCUGCAGCGGCAGCAACUGCUACUGCAGCAGCAGCAGCAACAGCAGUUGCUUCUGCAGCGGCAGCAACGGCAACUGCUACUGCAGCAGCAGCACCAGCAGCAGCAACAGCAGCUGCAGCAACAGCAGCUGCUGCUGCUGCUGAACUCAAAACUUUGUGGCGGAAGCGACGAGGUGUCGAUACACCGCAACAAGUUUAA